AUGGGUUUCGCCCACAACAACGUCCUCCACGCAAACCACUUCCGCAAGGACUGGCAACGCCGCGUUCGUACAUGGUUCGACCAGCCUGGACGUAAACUCCGCCGCCGCCAGGCUCGCACCGCCAAGGCCACCCGUCUCGGUGUCAGGCCUCUGCAGCUUCUCCGCCCGGCAGUCCGUGCCCCUACCGUCAGGUACAACAGGAAGAUCCGUGAGGGACGUGGAUUCACUCUCUCCGAGCUCAAGGAGGCCGGUGUCGGGAGGAAGGAGGCGUUGGGAUUGGGUAUUGUCGUUGACCACAGAAGGAGGAAUCUGAGCGAGGAGGGAAAGAAAUUGAACGUCGAGAGGUUGAAGGCGUACAGGGAGCGACUAAUCGUCUUCCCUCGCAAGGCUGGAAAGCCCAAGAAGGGUGACUCGACGGGAGACGACCUCAAGGCUACUACCACCCGUGCGCCUAUUGCCCUCCCCCCCUCAUCUGUCCACGAGGCACCCCGCAAGAUUACUGCCGAGGAGCGUGACUUCAAGGCUUAUCGCGCUCUUCGUGAUGCCCGCGCCGAGCACCGCCAUGCUGGUGCCCGCAAGGUCCGCGAGAAAAAGAAGGAGGAAGAGGAGGCUGCCAAGAAGAAGUAA